CCGGCCGCUGAGGACCGAGGCGAUGAUUCUGGGGCUGUGGUCCUGGGGCCCGCGCCUGGCUGGUGGUGCGGUGGGUGGGAGGCUGCGCUUCUCACGGGCGUCGCGGGCCGGGCUCGGUGGGUCCCUGGGCGGGGAAGACGGCCGGGCCGCCCGAGUCCGCGAGAAGCCGCCCUGGCGGGUGCUCUUCUUCGGCACGGACCAUUUCGCCCAGGAGGCGCUGCGGGCGCUGCACACCGCCAGAGAAAAAGAGGAGGAGUUAAUUGAAAAACUGGAGGUGGUCACAGUGCCUUCGCCAUCCCCGAAAGGACUGCCAGUGAAGCAGUACGCGGUGCAGUCCCAGCUUCCUGUGUACGAGUGGCCGGAUGUGGGAUCUGGAGAAUAUGACGUUGGAGUAGUGGCUUCCUUUGGCAGACUUCUGAGUGAGGCUCUUAUUCUUAAAUUUCCCUAUGGCAUAUUGAAUGUGCACCCCAGUUGCCUCCCGAGGUGGCGUGGUCCUGCCCCAAUAAUCCAUACAGUGCUUCAUGGAGACACGGUUACUGGAGUAACAAUUAUGCAAGUUAGACCUAAAAGGUUUGAUAUAGGACCAAUUCUGAAGCAGGAAACUGUCCCUGUGCCUCCCAAAAGCACCUCAAAGGAAUUGGAAGUGGUAUUAUCAAAACUUGGUGCCAACAUGCUUAUCUCAGUUUUGAAAAAUUUACCUGAAAGUCUGAAAUGUGGAAGGCAGCAGCCCACCGAGGGAGUAACGUACGCCCCUAAGAUUUCUGCGGGUACCAGCUGUAUAAAGUGGGAGGAGCAAACACCAGAGCAAAUAUUCAGACUUUAUCUUGCCAUUGGACAUAUAGUUCCAUUGCAGACACUCUGGAUGGAGAAUACCAUUAAACUUCUGGAUUUGUUAGAAGUGACGGACUCUGACCUCACAGAUCCAAAACUAACAGGAAAGACUGUUACUCCAGGAUCAGUGGUGUAUCACAAACAGUUGCAAAUUCUGCUGGUUCAUUGCAAGGAUGGCUGGAUUGGUGUUCGAUCAGUAAUGCUUAAGAAAACACUAACAGCUACUGAUUUCUACAAUGGAUAUUUGCAUCCGUGGUACCAGAAAAAUUCUCACAAUCACCCAAGCCAAUGCAGAUUUCAGACUCUCAGACUUCGAACAAAGGAGCAGCAGAAGCAAGUUGUUGCUAUGCAACAGUGCAUUACAUAGUUAGGAGGAAGGUGGACAAGGACCUAUUACACAUUUUUAAUUUAUUAAAAGCUUUAUUUACAAGCAACUACCUUGAUUUUCAAAGAUGACACUGUUGGAGAAAGAAGAUGGUUAUUGAAAAGAUGGAAGUCUCACUCUCCAUUUUUUUGUGUGUGUGCAACAGUAAUUAAAAGCAGCUUUUUCUACUUGAAUAACAAAAGUUUAAAUAAAAUUUGUAUUUAUAAUA